AUGCCAACGCCGGAUAGGACGUCGUCCAACAGAACAGGGGACAAAGAAGCUUCCUCUCCACCCAACACAACUGCGCCUGCACAGAAAACAAAGGAGAGGAGCAAAUAUCGACAUAUUGCGGCUUAUCACUCGGAAAUACGGCACUCAUGUCUCAGCAGAGAUUCCACCGCCAACCCCAGUUUCAUCGGGUUCCGGAACCUGAUGGUUAUUGUUCUAGUGGUGAUGAAUCUACGAUUAGUCAUCGAGAAUUUUAUGAAGUAUGGUGUCCUUAUCUGCCUUAAAUGUCACGACUACCGAAAACAAGACCUCCUCCUCGGCUCAAUCCUCUUUGCGCUUGUACCAUGUCAUCUGUUUGUUGCAUACAUAAUCGAACUGGCUGCUGCGCAGCAGGCCAAGGGUGCUGUGGGACGGCGGAAGAAAGAUGCCUCUGCUGAAGGAGACGAGAAAGAGCAACGAGCGUUUCAAUUGACCUGGCUUUUCAUUGCGUUUGCCCACACGGUGAAUGCAACCCUGUGUCUGGUCGUCACCAACUUUGUUGUAUAUUACUAUAUCCAUCAUCCUGGCAUUGGGACCAUCUGCGAACUCCACGCGAUCAUUGUUUGGCUCAAGAACUGCUCUUAUGCUUUCACAAACCGCGAUCUUCGCCAUGCGAUGCUCAAUCCAUCGACCCAAUCCACUGUCCCUGAAAUAUAUUCUUCCUGUCCCUACCCGCAGAACAUCACCAUUGCAAAUUUGACCUAUUUUUGGUUGGCUCCUACCUUGGUCUAUCAACCUGUUUAUCCUCGAACGCCGUGCAUCCGCUGGUCAUUUGUCGGGAAGCGGCUUCUAGAAUUCGUCGUUUUGUCGGUCUUCAUCUGGCUCACCUCCGCACAAUAUGCUGCUCCGGUUCUCCGAAACUCCUUGGACAAGAUUGCAGUCCUGGACUUCACCUCGAUCGUGGAACGCAUUAUGAAGCUCUCGACGAUCUCACUGAUUAUCUGGCUUGCGGGAUUCUUUGCUCUCUUCCAGUCCCUGCUCAAUGCGCUGGCGGAAGUGAUGCGUUUUGGAGAUCGCGAGUUCUAUUCAGAUUGGUGGAAUAGUUGGAGUGUCGGCAUGUACUGGCGCUCAUGGAACAAGCCUGUCUAUCUCUUCAUGAAGAGACAUAUCUUCUCGCCGCUGGUCGGGAGGGGCUGGAAUCCCUUUGCAGCCAGUGUCAUGGUCUUUAUUUUCUCCGCCGUUCUCCACGAGCUGCUCGUGGGAGUCCCGACCCACAACCUCAUUGGUAGGUAUUGGCCUUCAGGUUUUCCUCGUUCUGUUUACUGA